AUGAGCAACGUACGACGCAUUCAAAAGGAGUAUGAGAGAAUUCGAAACACCGAAAUCAAUGGAAUUGAAAUGAAGCCAAACGAAUUGUCUCUCUUCGAGUGGGAUUGCUUCAUCAAAGGACCUGAGGAGAGUCCGUACCGAAACAAAACAUUCCACGUAUUACUGCGCAUUCCUGAAGAUUAUCCUUUCCAUCCCCCCAAAGCCAAAUUCCUCACUCAAAUUUUCCACCCCAACAUUCACUUCAAGACAGGAGAAGUCUGCCUGGAUAUUCUCAAAUCGAAUUGGAGCCCUGCAUGGAGUCUCGAAAGUGUUUGUCUAGCCAUCCAGGUACUCUUGUCCAAUCCAGAUGCGUCAAGCCCGCUGAAUUGUGAUGCAGGUACGUGA